GGCACCCCACCAGAGAGACUUGACUUUUGCAGAGUAGAGUCCAAUGUGGAUAAGGGUCGUUGCGAUGAAUGAAAUCGCCCCAAGAGCUCCACAAAAGAUGGCGAGAUGAUUAGAGGUGUCCUCUUUGUCCUAGGUUGAUGAGGAUGAGGAUGAAGACGGUUCGAGCGGCUUCUGUGUCAAGAUCCAAGACACUUUGGGCACAGUAUAUUGACAAGUCCUAGGCAGUGGGAAUCACUUGUAUCCACUCCCUCGCAAUGAGCAUUGUUUAUGAAGCAUUUUGUCCUUCUGUGAAGUUGCUGAUUGAUCCUGCUCUUUCUUCUGCAAAACCAUCGUGUACAACUCCCAUAUGCACUGGUGAGACUGGAAUGACUGAAGGGACACCCAACUUGAGGGACUUAUCCCGGAACAGAGGGACCAGGUGGUACAUAGGAGAAAUCGACAAUUAGCAAAGUGUCAUCACUUGUGCUAAUUAACAUAGACAAUGACACACUAAGAGAAUAAAACUCUCACAAAUAAAUUUCUUAACCAAAAAAAAGAAGGAAAGCAAAUAAAUUUGGGGACACCACUUUAAAUUACAAUUGAAGGAUUAAGAAUAAUUUUGUAUUUUGAAUGCAAAAUGGGAUGAAUUUAGUCAUAUAGGGAGUUGAAAUAAUUUCGCCCAUACAUUACUUUUAACAUUCAAAAAAUGAAUGUUUUCGAUAUUAUUUAUCACGUGAACACAUAUAUAUAUAAUUGUAAAAUGUUAAAAUCCAAUGUACGAGUGAAAAGAGUGGAUAUAUCUAUCAUGCCUUUCCAUUUAAAAAAAAAUUAAUUACACGGCUCUAUUUACUGUAUUUAUCUAGGAUUUUAAGGUUUAGGUUUACUUAUUUAAGAUGAGUUCGCAGGUCAUGGGAAAAUAAAAUCAUUUACCCCUCAAAGAAAAUGCGAAAUAAAAGCAGGAAAAAGUAUUGGGCCCACAUGGGCCUGAACUGAACCGUUCUUCAUUACCCGACAAAAGCCACCCCCAAGACCCGGCCCGAACCGACCCGACCCCUAUACAACCCUGCAAAAUCGUUCCUCUCGUUCAUCUUUCGCUGCUCAGGCGUGUUCGCUCCGAUGGCUUCCCUCAAGAGCGGUGACGAUUCCUCACCCGCUUCUCCAUCGUCACCCAAGAACGUGUUCAAGGAGCAAGGCGAUGGGCGACGGCGGUUUUUGCUCGAGCUCGAAUUCGUGCAGUGUCUGGCCAACCCCACCUAUAUCCACUAUUUGGCUCAGAAUCGAUACUUUGAAGACGAGGCUUUUAUUGGUUACCUGAAGUAUCUUCAGUACUGGCAACGCCCCGAGUACAUCAAGUUUAUAAUGUACCCCCAUUGCUUAUUCUUUCUGGAACUUCUCCAGAAUGCGAACUUCCGCAAUGCGAUGGCGCACCCUGGCAACAAGGAAUUGGCACAUCGGCAGCAAUUCUUUUUCUGGAAAAACUAUAGAAAUAACCGUUUGAAGCACAUAACGCCUAGGCCUCUUCCGGAACCUCCGGCUGUAACCCCUGCUCCAGCUCCACCACAGGCACCUACACCUCCCAUGUCAGCUACAAUUGCAGCUACUGCUCCUCCCCCUCCAGCCCUUUCUCCCAUGCAGUACGGAGUUCUGCCUGGAUCAUCUCUUGCCAAAAAUGACAUGAGGAACUCUGCAGUUGACCGGAGGAAGAGAAAGAAGGAAGGUUAGACUUGAAUAGAUUUUAAGAGAAGGGUGGGCACUUAUUGAGGUGAUUAUUGGAGUGUUGACCUGAGCAGUUUGCGACGAUGCACAUUCUGCAGUGGGGCUGAUCUUGUUGAUAAACAGCAUUGUGGUCUUGCAUUGGAAGUGGGGAUAGCAUAUUUGUCGCUCUGGUCGUGAUUUGAACUACUGGAGCUACGGUACCCCUCACCUGUGAAUUAUACUUUGUUUCUUUCAGAGGAAAUAUAUGAGCUGUAAUCUAAUUGUUGGCCGGACUUUGGAACAGACUUUCUCUUGUAAGCCAUUCAUCUCGUGUUUGAUGAAAUGAAUCUCUGUUUGAAUAGACUAA